AUGAAGAAGUACGCUGAUGCGGUAGGCCUCGCCGACGCGUACGCACGGUACCAGUCGACACUGCAGGAAAUAUUCCGAAACAUACAAGAUGGUGUGCUGGCGACGGCUAGCGAUUCCCUCCUUGGGGUUUCGAAAUGGCUUCUGUCGUAUGUGAAGAAAUUAGGCCUUACAUCUGACGAUCAGGCCAGCAGCUUCAACUCGGGCAAGCCCUAG